AUGCUGGACCUGGUGAUCCUUGAGCAGUUCCUGGCCGUCCUGUCCCCAGAGAUGCAGAGCUGGGGCCUGGUGACCUUUCCGGAGGUAUCUGUUCAUUUCACGGAGGAGGAGUGGGCCCUGCUGGAUCCGGACCAAAGGCGGCUUCACAAGGAAGUCAUGGGGGACAAUUAUCAGAAUGUGGCCUCCCUGGUGGCUGAUAGUCCCCAGAAAAAGCCUGAGGGUGAAUCACAACACCUUCUAUUUGACGGAAAACAACAGAAGAGAAACGCUGGAACAAAAAGGAAGAGGGGGAAUGAAUGCUCUGCUUCUCAGGCAGCUGUAUCCGACGUGUUUGAUACACCCUGGAGAGUCCACACAGGGGAGAAACCUUAUAAAUGCUUGGAGUGUGGAAAGGGCUUUUCUUGGAGAUCACACCUCACUAGACAUCAGUGUAUCCACACGGGGGAGAAACCUUAUAAAUGCUUGCAGUGUGAAAAGGGCUUUGCUGAGAGUUCAGAGCUUACUAGACACCAGUGUAUCCACACCAGGGAGAAACCUUAUAAAUGCUUGGAGUGUGGAAAGAGCUUUGCAUGGAGAUCACACCUUACUAGACAUCAGUAUAUCCACACUGGGGAGAAACCUUAUAAAUGCUUGCAGUGUGAAAAGAGCUUUACGCAGAGUUCAGAGCUUACUAUCCAUCAGCAUUUCCACACUGGGGAGAAACCUUAUGAAUGCUUGCAGUGUGGAAAGAGCUUCGCUCGGAGUUCACAGCUUACUAUCCAUCAGCGUAUCCACACGGGGGAGAAACCUUAUAAAUGCUUGCAGUGUGAAAAGAGCUUCACACAGAGUUCAGAGCUUACUAACCAUCAGCGCAUCCACACUGGGGAGAAACCUUAUGUAUGCUUGCAGUGUGGAAAGAGCUUUGCUCGGAGUUCACAGCUUACUAUCCAUCAGCGUAUCCACACGGGGGAGAAACCUUAUAAAUGCUUGCAGUGUGAAAAGAGCUUCACGCAGAGUUCAGAGCUUACUAACCAUCAGCGCAUCCACACUGGGGAGAAACGUUAUAAAUGCUUGCAGUGUGGAAAGAGCUUUGCUCGGAGUUCACAGCUUAUUAUCCAUCAGCGUAUCCACACGGGGGAGAAACCUUAUAAAUGCUUGCAGUGUGAAAAGAGCUUUAUGCAGCAUUCAGAGCUUACUAACCAUCAGCGCAUCCACACUGGGGAGAAACCUUAUGAAUGCUUGCAGUGUGGAAAGAGCUUUGCUAGGAGUUCAAACUUUACUAGACAUCAGCGUAUCCACACGAGGGAGAAACCUUAUAAAUGCUUGCAGUGUGGAAAGGACUUUGCUCAGUUUUCACAGCUUACUAGACAUCGGCGUAUCCACACUGGAGAGAAACCUUAUGAAUGCUUGCAGUGUGGAAAGAGCUUUGCUGGGAGAUCAAACUUUACUAGACAUUGGCGUAUCCACACUGGGGAGAAACGUUAUAAAUGCUUGCAGUGUGGAAAGGACUUUGCUCAGAGUUCACAGCUUACUACACAUCAGCGUAUCCACACUGGGGAGAAACCU